UACAUAUCAUAGCACCGCAGAACUAUGGAAGCCUGUGACCUUUUCUGAACGUUAUGUUUGAUUUAAAGGGUAGAAAUAAUUUAAAGUUCAACUAAUGGGUCCGGGGACACAACCCAGGGCUCAAACUUGCUUCAAGUCCCGUUAUUUUACCGCUAAGUGCCCGCUUUGGGCCUGUAAUUCAACGGAACAGCCGCAGUUUUGUUUCAAACCGAAAUUAGGAAAUAUGGCGACGACGUGUCUUUGCUAAGACCCUGUAUUCUGUUUACCAUAAUUAGUGUCAUUGCUGUUGUAGUUAUUUUAAUCUUAUUUGCUCUAGAUACGCUAGAGACGAACGUUUGCGUGUUUGGCAGUCAGGACUCGCGGUAUCAAAGCUUUAUCGUCGUUUUCAUGGUUGUAAAGCAGCCAUGUUGACAACAUGAUCGACGAUAAUCUUUUAAAUAUUUUCUGAAUAUUUGUAUUUCAUGUAAUAUGUCAUUGUGCAGGGAAACUUGGUUUUAUUAACAAAAAGAUAAAUGGGCGGCAAGCGAGAGGCCUAACCGGAAGUGCGCAUAUAUGCUACCUUUUUUAAAUGCAUCAUUUUAACACUGAUUCGUUUAGUACUUAUACUUUAGUACAUAAAAGAAAUGUUAAUCAAGCGGUCCAGAUGAUUUAGACAGCGAGAAGUCCUCAUAAAAUCUCAAAAAUAGCAUAUUUUUCAAAUAUAGAUGGCGGAAGUGACGGCGGGUGAGCUAUCUUGACUCGACAGACUCUUCGUAACCAAGGUAACGUCAGCCAGCUUUGAGUGCAGCUAGGAAAACUGCUAGAUGUUAGCGCUAGCUAGCUGUUUAUGUAGUUUUUAUGCGGUUUACAGGCUGAUAAACAGGUCUGGGUGUUGUUUUCACAUUUUAAGAUAGGCAUUAUUAAUUAUCUGAUGUAAAUUUAGCGCCGAGAAACCAAAUAAAUCAGCAUGUUUGCAGACGAAACGCUGGAUCCAGUGAAUAUCGAGUCUCAGUGGAGGAAAUCUCAUCAGUCUGCUCAGGAGUCUAGAGGAUGUCAGACCAGAGCGCUGCACAGCUCUGAAGCUGAGGUACAGACGCUGUCGACCUCUGUUGGCUGGUCUCAGACUGAAGAGCCACAGCAGAAGGACUCAGAGGAACUCCUCCAACAACUCCAGGGCGAAGCAGAGCCACCUGGGCUGAGGGACUUUCUGCAGCGGGUGGAGGAGUCGGUCAUUGCAGAGCUGGUCAGAAACGCCCGCAGUCACGCCUUCGACGGCUUCCAGGUGAACUGGGAAGAGCACAACAAUCUAGUGUCCUGUCUCCACCGUCUCUACUAUCCCAGAGCUCAGGAGGGCGGCCUUCAUGUGACCAGCGUCUCCUGGAGCUGUACUGGAUCAGUCAUCGCCUGUGCUUAUGGACGGAUUGAUGAAGGAGACUGGAGCACUGAGAAGUCCUACGUUUGUACCUGGAACCUGAACCGACAGAGUCUCAACCCAAAGCAGGCUGAUCAUGUGAUCGACGUUCCAACCGUGGUCACCGCUCUGAGCUGUCAUCCCGAGCAGCCCGCCCUCAUUGCAGGAGGUCUGUACACUGGAGAGGUGGUGGUCUGGGACACCAGUCAGCCUCAGGAUCCUGUACUGGUUCAGACUGGGAUGUCAGCAGACAGCCACAGAGAGCCCGUUUACCAGGUUUCCUGGGUGCCGCUGCAGAAGAAAGGAGAGUUUGGCGUCCUGAGUGCGAGCUCCAGAGGUCAGGUUUUUCUAUGGACGGUGGACUCUGAUCGGAGCAGAUUGAUCCUGAACGCAGCGUACGCCUUUGUCAGACAGCAGCUUCCUCACAGCAGCAGCUACAAGCAGGCCCGGGGCAGCAGCAGCGCGGUCGGCGUCACGUCUCUUGCUCUGUCUCCGUGGGACUCGGACACGUUCCUGGUCGGCUCGGAGGGCGGCCUGCUGCUCCGCUGCUCCUUCUCCUCUCAGACUCCGGCUGCUGUCCCGUCAGAAGGUCAGAGCGUGGCGCCAAGAGCCCCCGCCUUGUUCUCAUUCAGACCUCAGAGCGGACCGGUCCACUCCAUACACUACUCACCUUUCCACAGGAAUCUGUUCAUCAGCACGGGGACGGACGGUCUGGCUCACCUCCACUCUCUGCUGCAGGUCGACCCGCUGCUCUCGCUCAGAGUCUCAGACUCGUACGUCUUCCAGGUUCAGUGGUCUCCGACCAGACCGCUGGUGUUCGCUGCAGCCACGGGACAAGGUGAGGUUCAGAUAUUCGACCUGGGCCGCAGGUCUCUGAGACCGGCCGCCACCAUCGAGGAGGGACGAGCGGGACACGCUGCCACGUGUCUGUCCUUCAACCAUCAGAGCCCUCGCCUGCUGGCGGUGGGAAGGACAGACGGGACGGUCGCCGUGUGGCAGCUGAGCAGCGAGUUGACAGAGCAGGACCCCAGAGAGAGCGGCCAGCUGGAGCAGAUAGCCAAUCAGGUGGCAGAAUGAGAGUACUCAUCUGGUUUAAGUGAAGGUGAAAUAAAACCACAGAGAGAGA